AUGAUCAAUGAAGUCGACGCGGACAACAAUGGCACGAUUGACUUUGCUGAAUUCCUAGUUAUGAUGGCCAAGAAAACGGAAGAUACGGAUAUGGAGAAAGAACUUCACGAGGCAUUCAAGGUUUUCGACCGUGACAACGACGGCUUCAUCUCCGCUGCAGAGCUACGCCAUGUUAUGGCCUCCCUUGAUGAGAAUCUUACGGAUGCCGAGAUCGAUGAGGUUAUUCGGGAGGUGGACAUGAACGGCGAUGGUCGUAUUGAUUACGAGGAGUUUACUCAUCUGAUGAUACACAGGUAG